UACAACAAAUGGGACAAAGUGGACCCCGCAGAACUGUUCAGCCAAGCUCCCACGGAGAAGAAAGAAGCUAACCCCAAGCUGAACAUGGUGAAGUUCCUGCAGGUGGAGGGCAGAGGCUGCGACUACAUCGUGCUGUGGCUGGACUGCGACAAGGAGGGGGAGAACAUCUGCUUUGAGGUUCUUGAUGCUGUUCUGCCCGUCAUGAACAAGGCCCAUGGUGGCGAGAAGACCGUGUUCCAGGCCAGGUUUAGCUCCAUCACGGACACAGACAUCUGUAAUGCCAUGGCCUGCCUGGGCGAGCCUGACCACAACGAGGCGCUCUCAGUGGAUGCUCGCCAGGAGCUGGACCUGCGAAUCGGCUGUGCAUUCACCAGGUUUCAGACUAAAUAUUUCCAGGGGAAAUAUGGUGAUUUAGACAGCUCUCUCAUCUCCUUUGGGCCGUGUCAGACUCCAACCCUGGGAUUCUGCGUGGAGAGACAUGAUAAAAUCCAGUCUUUCAAACCAGAGACCUACUGGGUGCUGCAGGCCAAGGUUAACACUGACAAAGACAGAUCUCUCCUUUUGGACUGGGACCAAGUAAGAGUGUUCGACCGGGAGAUCGCACAGAUGUUUUUAAACAUGACAAAGCUGGAGAAGGAAGCCCAGGUGGAGGCCACAAGCAGGAAAGAAAAGGCCAAGCAGAGGCCCCUGGCCCUGAACACCAUGGAGAUGCUGCGUGUGGCCAGCUCUUCUCUGGGCAUGGGGCCGCAGCACGCCAUGCAGACGGCCGAGCGGCUCUACACGCAAGGCUACAUCAGCUACCCACGGAUAGAGACCACCCACUACCCUGAGAACUUUGACCUGAAGGGCUCUCUGUGGCAGCAGGCCAACCACCCCUACUGGGCUGACACGGUGAAGCGGUUGUUAGCAGAAGGUAUCAACCGCCCAAGGAAAGGCCACGACGCCGGCGACCAUCCCCCCAUCACCCCCAUGAAGUCUGCCACAGAGGCCAAAUUAGGGGGUGACGCGUGGCGGCUUGAGUACAUCACCAGACACUUCAUUGCCACGGUCAGCCAUGACUGCAAGUACCUGCAGAGCACCAUCUCCUUCAGAAUCGGGCCCGAGCUCUUCACCUGCUCCGGGAAGACCGUCCUCUCACCAGGCUUCACGGAGAUCAUGCCCUGGCAGAGCGUGCCCCUGGAGGAGAGCCUGCCCACUUGCCAGCGGGGCGACACCUUCCCUGUGGGCGAGGUGAAGAUGCUGGAGAAGCAGACGAGCCCACCCGACUACCUGACGGAGGCCGAGCUCAUCACGCUCAUGGAGAAGCAUGGCAUUGGUGGGUGCACCUGCCCAGGCCCCAGAGCCAGCUCUGUCUCCAGUACUCAGGCUUUGAGUCUACUCACAAAGCUGCCCUGCCACCCCCGUGUGCCUAGCCCAGCACCCCUCCACGGGCUGGCGUCUGGAAACUGGUGA